GCAUUAAACGGAGGAGGUGUCGAGAAGUUGCCGAUCACAGUGGCGGUGUGACGCUGAGUGAACUCUGGCGGUCUCACUGGUAGUGGUAUGCACUUUGCAGUUUGCGAAUGGAGGCAAUGACAAGCAGCGGAGCAGAAUUACUCUUACUCCACAAUGCCUUCAUUGUGACCAUGGAUCCCCAAAGCCGCGUGUUCCGCGACGGGGCUAUCGUCGUCAACGGCGACAAAAUCACAGCCAUCGGCCAAUCCUCCGACAUUCUCCGUCAAUUCUCUCCCUUCUCUCACCAAAUCAUCGAUCUUCACGGACAAUAUGUACUCCCCGGGUUCAUCAAUACGCACGUUCACACAUCACAGCAACUCGCCCGAGGCAUAGCCGACGACGUUGACUUGAUGACUUGGUUACACCAUCGCAUUUGGCCUUACGAGUCCAACAUGACCGAGGAAGAUUCAUACAUCUCCACAUUACUUUGCGGAAUCGAACUCAUUCACUCUGGUGUAACAUGCUUUGCGGAAGCAGGAGGACAGCACGUGUCUGGAAUGGCUAGGGCAGUGGAGUUGUUGGGCUUGCGUGCAUGUUUAACACAGUCAAUUAUGGACUCUGGCAAGGGCUUGCCAGAAUAUUGGGGCAACCGUACUACAGAUGAUUGUAUUCAGACUCAAAAGAAACUUCAUGAGAAGCACCAUAACACAGCAGAUGGACGCAUUAGAAUAUGGCUUGGGAUAAGGCAAAUCAUGAAUUCAAGUGAUCGUCUACUAACUGAAACUAGGGACAUGGCAAAGGAACUGAAAACUGGAAUCCAUAUGCAUGUUGCGGAGAUACCUUAUGAGAAUCAGUUUGUGGUUGAUACUCGAGAGGUUGAACACGGGACAGUUACAUACCUGGAGAAAAUGGAACUCCUGCAGAGCAAUUUGUUGGCAGCUCACAGUGUCUGGGUCAAUGAAACUGAGGUUGGUUUUCUUUCAAGAGCUGGUGUUAAAGUAUCUCAUUGUCCUGCUGCUGCAAUGAGAAUGCUUGGAUUUGCGCCCAUAAAGGAAAUGCUUGAUGCUGGAAUUUGUGUCUCCUUGGGAACUGAUGGGGCACCAUCCAAUAACAGAAUGAGCAUUGUUGAUGAGAUGUACCUUGCUUCUCUGAUUAACAAAGGUCGAGAAGUUUAUGCAAAGGGAACAACUGAUCCUACUGCUCUUCCUGCCGAGACAGUUCUCAAAAUGGCGACACUAAAUGGUGCCAAAUCAGUAUUAUGGGAUAAUGAAAUAGGAUCCCUUGAGAUUGGGAAAAAGGCUGACAUUGUCAUAGUCAAUCCUUUUUCAUGGCCCAUGGUUCCUGUGCAUGACAGCAUUUCCAGCCUUGUAUAUUGCAUGCGAAGUGAGAAUAUUAUCUCAGUUAUGUGCAAUGGCCGUUGGAUCAUGAAGGAUCAGAAAAUAUUGAGUGUGGAUGAGGGAGAAGUCAUUUCAAGGGCAAAGCUUGCCUCUACCCAACUGCUGAAGAAGGCAGGAAUCCAAAUUCCAAGCAGAAUGAACGUCCUUUAAAUUUUCAAGCAAGAAACUGUUCUUCAUGCUGUGUGGUGUAUAUAUGACUGUAAUCCUUCAGUACUGCAAGUUAUUUUUCCAUAGAAGAAAUUUUGAUGCGUGGAUGAACAGAGGAUACUUGUGAUAACAGGCCAGUUAUUUUGUUUAUCCUAUGGAUGGACAAUAAGUGCUUCAUACAAUCCUUUUUUUUCUUGAAAAGGGGGAAGGAAAAGAUUUACAGACAAAAUUGUCAUACCUAAACUAUAAUGAGUCACAUUUUUAUGCUAAAAA